UGAGAAUGACAGAAUGCUGACUGCUGGUAGGUAAAGGUAAACGAACAUUGAGAAAACAACUCUCUCUCUCUUGUUAAAUUCAGCAGCGGUUUGUUCAAUUAUAUCUGCUAUACUUUCACUUUCUAUUCGUAACUCGUAAGUGCUUCCAAGUGUGAUAACGGAAAACUUUUUGAAGGCAGCCAUCGUCUGAGAAAUGAGUUCUCAAGCUAAUUUUGAGCAAAACUUUAAGGAACUAAAAAAUCGAUUAAAGUUGAUAUCUGACGCUGAUCCUGAUCAGUACCAUAAUGACCAUUCACUUACACGAUAUUUGAAAGCAUUCAAGACUGUUGAUGCAGCUUUUCAGGCUAUCCUGAAGACCAACAAGUGGAAAAAAGAGUACAAUGUUGCAGCACUUACAGAGGACCAUCCAACUAUCAAAAAUAACUUGGCUCUGAAAAAAGCCAGGGUACUUCGUCACAGGGAUAUGCAAGGUCGAUCAGUCAUUUACAUUCCUGCAAAGAACCAUAGUGUAAAUGAUAGGGAAAUUGAUGAGCUGACUCAAUUUAUUGUUUUUUGUCUAGAAGAAGCUUCUAAGAAGUCAUUUGAAGAUGUAAUUGACAAUUUCUGCAUUGUCUUUGAUCUCAAAAACUUUUCAUUGACCUGUAUGGACUACCCUCUAAUUAAGAACAUUAUUUGGCUGUUGAGUAGACACUAUCCUGAAAGAUUGGGAGUGUGUCUCAUCUACAAUGCACCCACCGUAUUUUCUGGUUGCUGGGCCAUUAUUCGUGGUUGGUUGGAUGAGAAUACAUCAAGCAAAGUCACCUUUGUUAAUUCAGAAGAGGAUUUGUGUCAGUAUUUGAUACCCGACAUUCUUCCAACAGACAUGUAACUGAAUCAUAUUGUUGACUGGAUGCAUGAUCUUUCAUGUAGGGUGACUCCUCAUGUUAAUUUAAAAUACUAUGAAUUUUUAGAUAAAUGUAAUUUUUUUUUACAUUUGCUUAUUUGAUAACAGUUGCUUGUUGUCUCACCACACCCAUAUGACCAAACUUAUGGGGCAUUAAGCUUCAAUCUCUUUCUUACAGUGGUAACCUGAUACACCUGUCUCCUACCUGCA